CAUCUCCGGCGGCGCUCUCCAACGUGGCGGCGGCGUCUUCGCAACGAAGCUUGAGGCCUGGGACUCCGAAGUGCUGGUUGUGGGUUUUCACGGCAUAGUGGAGCCAUCGGCUGACAUCGUGCUGGGCAGCGGCGCCUUCGUGCAGGGCCCCUUGCGCCUCACAAACUCCGCCUUUCAGCUGCAAAGCCUACGGGGCAAGAGUGCCAUAGAGGCGCGGUGCCUGCAACUUGCUCAGUCGACGCUGUCGUUGGAUGCUUACACCCAGGUGGGCAUCGCCCUGCAGAAUGCCGCCUGCACCUGCGGUCCCGCGACGCUCCACAUGCAGGGCACUCUGGUGGGCUCGGGCGUCUCCUCUGCGCUGCUGUCCGUGGACCCCUGCGGCAACGAAACCCUGGAGAUCGCCCACGUGCGCCUCACGACGCCCCAAGCCGCCCUUGCGGAGGCCAGCACGCACACCCGGCUACGGAACAUCACCGUGGAGUAUCUGCAGGACGUCCACGACACCCAGUUGCUGGCUGCCCCAAGCUACGAGGCGGAGGCCGUGGAGGUGUCCUGCGUGUCCUGCGCGCAUGGCGUGACCUUUGCUCCCGGGGCAAGCUUUGGGCUUCAAGCGGUGAACCCUCCAAGGCUGAUGUGCGAGCAAAGGGCUGUCCUGAACAGGGGCACUACUGCACGCUGCCGCUGCUUCUUCCCCGAGCAGGUCCCGGACCGGAGCUACGGCGAUGACGUCCAGGUGUCGGAGACCGGAAGCUACUGCAUUUACUGCCAAGCCCACUUCCAAGCUCGCGACGAAAACAGCUCCAAGUGCCCCUUGUACAAGGCCUGGUCCGAGGGCACCGGCGACCCCUGCGCCACUUUGCCUCCGCAGGCGGAGUG